AGGAUGCAUUGUGGUAAUGGAAGCUCAAUGAAGAGGAAGAGAGGGGAGAGGGUUUUUAGGUUUGAGUCCUUUUGUGAACAAGGAGUGCCUUGCCAUUUUCAUGGAUGUUUUUAUGAGAACAUAAUGGCCCUUGUUGAGUUUGGAAAUGCCGAACCAAGCACCACCAAUAAAGCAACCAAGUGUUGGUCUUUUAGGCUAGAGCUUCACCACCAUCCUCCUAUCUUUGUGAGACUCUUUAUCGUCGAAGAGAUCAUUGCUCUUUCGCCUUAUCGCCAUUGUCCUUACUGUCGAACCAUUGGUUGGGGUCAUCACAUGAUUUGCAACAAGAGGUUUCACAUAGUGUUGUCAUCAAAGGGAAAAGGAAGUGCUAUUCCAAUGAUUGAGGGAUUGGAACUUGAGACCAUUUUCAGAGGAACAGAUUCGGCAAAUAAGUUAUCAAAAUCCAUGGAACCACAAGGUCAUUUGAUGCAUGGAAUCAUGCAUGCUAACGGUUUCGGACAUCUAAUUUUCGUCAAAGGGAUUGAAGCCGGCUCAGAGCAUCUUUCCGGGAAUCAGAUACUAUUCCUAUGGGAUAGGAUUUGCAAUGCAUUGCACCUAAGGAAGGUGAGCUUGAUUGAUGUUGCAAUGAAAGAAACAAUGGAGCUAAGAUUGAUCCAUGGAAUCGCCUAUGGCCAUUCCUGGUUUGGCCAUUGGGGUUAUAAGUUCAGCCAUGGAAGCUAUGGAAUCACUGAGCAAAUGUAUCAAAAGUCCAUUGAAGCACUACAAGCUCUUCCACUCUGCUUACUGCUACCUCACUUCAGUUGUUCUUGCCAUGAACUGCCAAUCAUCGUCGCAAAAUAUCAAGCGAUAUGCUGUCACACACUACUCACUCUCGGCGAUCUUUUACGAUUCAUGAUUGAAUUAAAGAACCAUCUUCCGAUGAAUAGCACUACGCCCACAAUGGAGUAUCAUGGAAUCAUCUCUGAAGCAACAUGUAGAUGGUCCAUGAAGAGAGUAGAAAUGGCAGCUCAAGUUAUAGUAAGCGAGCUCAAGAAAACAGAGUCCCGGUGGACAUCGAGGCAACAAAUACGAGAUGCCGCAAGAGCAUACAUCGGUGACACAGGCCUCCUUGACUAUGUAUUAAAAUCACUUGGAAACCAUGUCGUCGGGAACUAUAUUGUUCGCCGUGUUGUUAAUCCAGUAACCAAAGUUCUUGAAUACUGCUUAGAAGACAUCUCCAACAAGGCAUUACCCACAUGCAAUAACAAGAACACAGUGAGAUUUAGAUGUCACGUUACAAGAGCUCAGUUGAGUAGGGACUUGUUGUAUCUAUACAAGCAUGUUCUCAAGGAAAGAAGGCCAGGAUUCACUUCAGGAAUAUUCAGCUCGAUACCGAUGGCGGUGAGGAUCAUUCUUGACAUGAAAAACCUCAUAAAAGACCACGGCAAAGAAAGCCGGUUACCAGGAAGGAUAGAAUCAGGAACGAAUAGAACCAUAGAGCUAAUGUGCACAGUUAAUAUCACAGGAGAAGGGAAAUUGCCACCAUAUGAGCAAGUUUCAAUGCAGGCACACAUAACAAUAGGAGAACUAAAGAGAGUGGUGGAAAAGCACUAUAGGGAGAUGUAUUUGGGUUUAAAGAGCUUUACUGCUGAAAAGGUGGAGAAUAAGGAAGCCAAGGACUCAGAUUUGGUACUUAGAGUUGUUGAACCAGGAAGUAGGAUUGUUAUACAAGGGAGAGUAGCAGUAGAGAAUGGUGAUCAAGAGAUGGAGAUAUAUGAGAGUGGGAAUGAGGAGAGGGUGAUAAAUUGCAGGUGUGGUGCUAAGGAAGAUGAUGGGGAGAGGAUGAUAUCUUGUGAUAUUUGUGAUGUUUUUCAGCACACUAGAUGCAUGGGGAUUGCUGAUGCUGAAGAAACUCCUAGAGUGUUUCUUUGUAGUCAGUGUGAGCAUGAUAUAGUUUCAUUCCCUUCAAUUCAUUACUAGUACUUCUUGGAGGUGUUGUUUUAUUUGAAAUUGGUGCUGUUAGUAUCUGAUUAAUAAAUAUU